GCCCGAGGGGGUGGGGGGCGGCGGCGGCCCCAGCCCCGAGGGGGCGGCUCCCCCCCCUAAAAACCGGCGGCGGGACGCGCGGCGGGCAGAGGCGCGGCCGGGGGUUCCCGGUGGACCGGGACCGGGACUCGGUGCUCCCGGUGUUCCCGGGGCCGCUGCGGCUCGGCUCGCCCCGCCAUGCCCCCCCCGGGGGCCGUUCGCCCGAGCCCCGGCUCCGCGCUCCCGGUGCAGCCGCCGCCGCUGCCGCCGCCGCUCACUGCCGCCGCCGCCGUGCCCGCGGCUCUGAGCGCCGCCGCCGUUACCGCCGCGCCGGGAGACCGCGCCCCGCACCGGCACCAAGAUGCUCCGCCAAGGGGCCCUCGCGGAGCUGCUGCUGGUGCUGCUGGGGCUGAAGGUCCACGGGGCCGCGGGCUGCCCCACCGACUGCGUCUGCUACCCCUCGCCCAUGACCGUCAGCUGCCAGGCCCACAACUUCGUCACCAUCCCCGAGGGCAUCCCCGAGGACAGCGAGAGGAUCUUCCUGCAGAACAACCAGAUCACCCUGCUGCUGCGGGGCCACUUCAGCCCCUCCAUGGUCACCCUCUGGAUCUACUCCAACAACAUUACCUUCAUCGACCCCAACACCUUCGAGGGGUUCGUCAACCUGGAGGAGCUGGACCUGGGGGACAACCGCUACCUAAGGGCUUUGGCGGCGGACACUUUCCAAGGGCUGGUGAAACUCCAUGCCUUGUAUCUGUACAAGUGCGGGCUGAGCUCCCUCCCCAGCGGGAUAUUCGGCGGCCUCCACAACCUGCAAUACCUUUACUUGCAAGACAACCACAUCGAGUUCCUUCAGGACGAUAUUUUUGUUGACUUGGUUAACCUCAGCCAUCUUUUUCUCCAUGGAAACAAGCUCUGGAGCCUCCAUCAGAACACGUUCAGGGGACUAAUAAACCUGGAUAGGCUGCUCAUCCAUCAGAAUCAGCUGCAGUGGGUUCACAGGCGGGCUUUCCACGACCUCCGGCGACUGACCACCCUGUUCCUCUUCAACAACAGCCUCUCGGAGCUGCAGGGGGACUGCCUGGCCCACCUGGGAGCCCUGGAGUUCCUCAGGCUGAACGGGAACCCCUGGAGCUGCGACUGCAAAGCCCGCUCGCUCUGGGAGUGGCUGCACCGCUUCAGGGGCUCCAGCUCCAGCGUCAUCUGCGAGUCCCCCGAGCGGAUGCACGGCAAGGACCUAAAGGUGCUGAGGGCCGAAGACUUUAGGAACUGUUCGGGCUCGGAGUCGCUCCACCAGAUCAAAACACACACUUUCUCGGCAGCAGACAGAGGAGCCUCCAAAGCCCACCACCCUCACCAGUCCUCCAAGGAGAAGGGCAGCGAGCGAGGGGCCGAGAAGGGUUUGCACAGCCGGCCAGGCUCGCGCCGCCCCGGCAAGAACUGCACCAGCCACAAAAGCCGCAACCGAACCCUUAAGCCGGUGUCGCUGGGGCCGCGGAAAAGCGAGCACGAGGUCCACGACUACGUGCCCGACUAUCAGCACAAAUUCAGCUUCGGCGUGAUGCCCACGGGCCCCCCGAGACGCAAGGGUAAGUGCACCCGGCGGACGCCCAUCCGUGCCCCCAGCGGGGUGCAGCAGGCGGCCGGCAGCGCAGGUCUCGAGGCCUCGCGCCUGGUUUUUGUGCUGCUUUUAGCGGCCGUCAUGCGCUGAGCCCGGCUGCGGCGGAGCGGAUCUGCACUGCCCCCCACCUACAACGGACCAGAGUUUCUUUUCUUCUUCUUUUUUUGGACGUGGAGAAUCGGGGCCCCGCCGAGGGAAGGCCGGCGGCCUGCGGGCACGGGCGGCAGCGGGCGCGGGCGGCAGGAGCGGGUUGAAAGGCGUUGUCGCGCGGUGUCACCAACAGCCGAGCCCUGCACCGGGAGAAAAAAAAAAAAAAGCCAACCUUACACCAACCGGAUAAUGGGGACGGCGGCCAGCCUGCCGGCGACGUCAGCCGGACAACUGGAAACUUGUGAAAUCCUGUUAAUUUGAGAGUGCGCCGAGUGACCCCGCCAAUUACCGCAAGGAACAUAAUUGCUGUAAAAAAUGAUCACCAAUUAAGCCUACACUGUUUCUCUGAAAGCGAGUGCAAGGACACUUAUUCUCAUGUAAUAAGGACAUUGGUUCUCCCACGUUUUAGCCCUUUUGGCUCCAAACCCACAGGCCAAAGUUGGCUGGAAAUCUCGUAGAAGACAAUCUCAAAACCCUGAAUAUCUCAGGCAUCACAGCAGAACAGGGCUUGCCUGCUGGGCUUGGAGUAGCCAACUACCAAAGGAAAGACUGGUUAGAGGUGGAAUAAUUAAAAAAUAAAAAUAAAAAAUCACACACACAAAGAAAACAAACUUAAAGAAAUGAAGUACCUGCAAGGAGGUGCGUUUUUUUGUAACCGUGUUCACACAUCUGAAAAGCAAACCCAACAAAUGCACAGCCCCCCCCUUCCCCUCAAUUAUCCAUAUGUAUGUCUUAUAAUGUUUAUAAACUAUAUGGAAACUAUAUCUUCAGAACUAAGGAUUGUAUUGUUGAAUUUAUAGCAGAACAGUAUAUCCUUUUCUCAAGACCACAAACGGCAGCAGUGCCUACAGAUGCUGAAAGCCAUCCGGCAGCCUCAGUGCGCGCGGGGGACCAAUGUUCUUAGCAAUUUAGAGCACUAAACUCUGGGAGGGGUCUGGGGGGGUAGUAUGCAAUGCAACAAAGUCCAUAUACAGAGAGCCAAAGCUCACCCUUACGUCCUAAUUUGUAAGAAUGGGGAGAGGGAGGUGGAUUAGCGGCGCCCGAUGCACGCAGCCACAGAGCUCUGCCUUGGGAAAGCGCCGCAAGCCCCUGGGUGGCGAGGGGCUGGGGGCUUCCAGCGGUGUCAGUUGUGUGAGGACCUUUAUAGCUGGCCUAAGGUUUUCACUCGGGCAGCAGGUUUGUGGGCUGCAGGUGGCCCUGACAGCGUCAGGGUUUUUUUUUUUUUUCUUAAAAGGAAUGGGUCAGGCCAUGGGGAGAGCCAAGAGAAGUGGGAAAGCGCAGCGCGCUAUGGACCUGUGAGAAGCACGGUGCCCAGUGUUUCUGGUCCGCAGUGGGAAAGAGAAAGGCCCAAGAAAGCCAUGGGAAGGGGUCGUGGCCAGCUGAAGGAUGGGAAGAAGGGCUGUGCAUUCCUCUUGUCCUGAGUUAAGCCCCGCAGCCAAUGCCAGGUCGGGAUGUUCUCAGUGUUCAGGACAUGCUCGGUGGUCGGGAUGCACUCGGUGGUUGGGAUGCGCUCGGUGUUCGGGAUGUGCUCAGUGUUCGGGAUGCGCUUGGUGGUCGGGAUGCUCUCGGUGUUCGGGAUGCACUCGGUGUUUGGGAUGUGCUCAGUGUUCGGGAUGUGCUCGGUGGUCGGGAUGCUCUCGGUGGUCUGCUUCGUGGCCACAGCAGAGCCGCCGGCGGCACCCGGCACAGCCCACGGGUGCUGCCUGAAUUCUGCAGUUGGUGUUAAUUCCCUGUCAGCGUGGAUAUGCAAGACAAAACAGACACUGAGGUUAACGAAACAAGGGAAAUAAAAGUGAUCUUGGACAA